GAGUAGCUCUAUCAGUUCUCACCUGCGCAACAAAUCUCCUUUUGCCGUGAGCUUUCCCCUCGUGACGAGAGAAUUUUCACAUUUCUGUGUCAUUUGCGAACAUCGGUCGAGGAAUCGUCGAGUUGGUCGUUUCCUUGAGCCUUCCAUCAAAAUAUAAACCGCUGUUCGGUCGUUUCACCCGCAGGUUGGAGGUCUUGUGGCUCGGCAUGGAAGUAAAGUAAUAUCAAAGAAUAAUUUUUCAUUUUCUGACAAGGAUCGCAAAAUUUGAGAAGAACGGGAGACCAGCAAAAGUUCUUGAUGGGGCAACAUGGCGCUUUCGGGCUCAAAUGGAUGGUCGAAGGCGCGGAUUAUUUUCUCAAGGGGUAGCAUCAUGUUACUCAAUGUUUUACUCAAUUGCAUUUUUUCAAGAUUUAGCUGUAUCUCGUGACUGCGAACGGUUUGCAGAACUUUUUACGGGCGAUCAUGCUAUCUUUGAUAAUAGACGAUCGACUUCCGGGUGAAAUACAACAGUGGUGCUUUCGAUUUACGCCAAGUUUUUACCGUGAUCAAGGAACUAAACUGUCACUGGAUUAUAGUGGAUAACCAUUCAACCCUUCGGAAAAUCAAGCUCCCGGAGUAAAUAGUGUUUGCGGGCGAAAGUUCAAGCACACUUUCGUCCCAAAUGGAAGAAUUUCACCGCACUUUAUAGAGGGAAUCAAUUCCACAUGAAUAAGGGAACCACUCAGAUCCUCAAAGAUGGAACACCAGAGUAUUUCCUAGACUGCACCCUGAAGAUAAUUGGUGAAGUUCAAGGUGCCCAAGGCUCUGAAUGUCUCUUUGUAUGUGUAUGUGAAGCAGAAAGACCUAGAGUUAAAAGCAGUUUAAAGAAGAGAAUACUUCUGCCCGUAAGUGCAUUUGAUGGGAAACCAAAAUUCAUACAGUCCCUCAGGGAUGCAUUUGGCUCUGGUUCUUUUAUUCUCAAUGGUACUCCAAAGGAUGUAAGCGAAUUUGGAAGAUUUUUGAAAACUGCUUACUACGAUGGACCAGAAAAGAUUUUUAAAGUUAUAAAUCAUAUUGGCCAUCAGUCAAAUGGAUAUUGGGUUCUCACAGAUGAGGUCCAUCUCAAAGGCUCAAGACUUGUUCCCGAAGAGGAACAAGAUUAUGUCUUAGAGGGAAAGAAAAGCAAAAAUCUUUGUCUGAGGAAUUACUUCAUCGAUGUCGCAAGCCAUCUUGUUAAAUCUCCUAGCGAACAUCAGGAAGCAAUGAAAAACUUUCUUUCUUUGCCUCGCUCAUUCUUUGAAGAAAAUGAAGACUCUUUUUUGGCUGCCGUGGCUUUUGUGCUGUGGAGACUUGUUAGUAGUGAAGACAAUGAACAAGAGAAUUGUGAUGCAGCCAACAUUGGCCUCGUGUACAGUCCAGCACGUAGUAUUGGCAAAACUACAACUUUGAAACUAAUAGCGUAUGGACAAGGAAUUAUAGGGAAAAAAAAUCCUCUGUUCAUGUCACUUGGUGAUCAACAAAAUAGUGGUACAUCAACAAAGUUAAUGUUGGAAGAACUGUCUAAGACAAGUUUAGUGGUCUUGUUAGAUGAUGGCCAUUUUUCUGGCCGGUUGAACGAGUUCCUUCUUCAAGUACAAGGGGGACUUUCACAAGGCUCUUUAACACAGGGAAAACUUUUCCCACAUGGCAGUGUGCUCCUUGCUUCUAAUCAGGUGGAGGGUGAGAGACUCAGUGGAAGGGUUAUAAGAUUCCCCUUCCAAACUUCAGGUAGUGGAUUCUGUAAGGAAAAAGAAAAGUUGUUGGAAGACUUUAUGGCUUUUAUGAAAAACAACAAGGGACUGCUCACUUUGUGGGCAGUCAGGCAUGUUAAACUGUUCAAAGACUGUACUGAAAAAGAUGUAGAUAAAGACAUUGGGGAAUUGCUUACAGUGGUUUUACGUGGUACUGUCGAUGUUGUGAGCCAAGCUCGUUGGGUGAAGGCGCUGGCCAAAAUUAUCCUGACACAGGCUUUGUUAUUUAUAACAUCAGGCAUUCAAUGUGACCUAGUUUCAAUUUUCAGAAACUAUGUCAACCUGCAAUGUAAUCUCUUGUCAGUGCUGAAGAAACUCCAGCGGUGCAUUUAUGAUCAGAUAAAGGAGGACCAUUGCAAAGGAUCUAAUGUCCUUUCUUGGCUUAAUCCAUGUGUCCAAGUCAACAAGGGUGGGAAGAAGAUGGUUCCUGCCAUUGGUUUAAAAAACAGCAAGAUCAAACUUUGGCCAGAUGUUGAUCCUCAGGACGUGAAAGAAUACUUGAAGGGCCUGGGGAAAUCCACCACAGAGUUAGCAAUACAAUUUGCUGCAGAGGAUACUUGUACUGUGAAGGACCUGAAGAAGAGAGCGAAAAACUCUAAAGCACAGAAAGGAGGAAAAAUUCCUCGACAACUUUUAAGUGAAAGUCUUGGGAAAUUGAUCGAAUUAGUAACAGAAACACAGGGAGAGGAUAGUAGCUCCGAGUUAGAAAUAUUAUUGGGCCCAACAAGUCCAAUUCCACAAGAAAUCGAGGCGUGUGCAGGUAGCUUACAAGAGAUUGAUGAAGAUGUUAUUACCCGUCUGAAGAAUGCAGAGGAAACCUUGAAAACGACUGUGGAAGAAUAUAAUGACCAGCCUGAUAACGUUCAAAGUCACGAGGAAGGACAAUCUGGUGAUGAGCUAUGUGAUGAGGAGCUAACGUCGUCUCAGUCAUCAGAGUCCCAUGAUGAGGUGUCGCAAAGGUCAACUGACUUGGACGAAAGUGAUCAUAUAAAUCAGCUUGAAGAUUCGGAAGAUGAUGGUGACGAGCUCCCAUGCAAAAAAAGGAAAAGGUCUUGGAGGCCAAAUUGAAGAAUGUAAACGAAAGAGAUGCCCACAGAUAUUGACUUCGUAAACUCGAAGGAAAAAAAAAAAAAAAA